AUGGAGGACCCAGAAUUGCGUCAACUAAAGCUGGACAAUCAGCGUUCACUUUUGAUGAAGAAGCAGCAGAGAAGGAGGGCCGAUACCCAAAUGGUCACAGCCAAUAGGGACGCUCGACCCAAGAAAAGCAAGCAGAAGACUGGAGCAGAUGACACAGACCUGUUGAUUACUCAAUCCCAGAGCAACAACUCCUUAAAUGCUGAAGAAGCCCAUGAUAACCCACUGGAGGAAAUUACUCUGGGAGAGCUCAGCCUAAAAACCACUGAUGCUACAGAUGAGAUGCCCCCCGAGAAACCCAUCAUCACCAAAACUAUGGACGUGGAAAUUGACAGCCAGCCAAAGCCUAAACUCAGUACAGAAAAUGAAGGCCCAGCAGAAGUGAAAAAGAAAGAGAAGGAGAAGAAAGAGAAAGGUGUGAAAAAGGAGAAGGCGCAAGCAAAACAGUUAGAACAGAAUGAGGAUAAGGGAGAGGAGAAAGAGAAGGAGAAGCGAGAGAAAAAAACUAAGAAGGACAAAUUGAAAGGACACACCCCAAGUAAAGAGAAAAAAAACAAGACUGAUGAACAAGAGGCAAACACUAUCACUAAGUCUCCAGCUAUUCAGAUAGAUUCCGUAGUAGAGUUUGAGAUGCCAGAAUGGGACAGUGAUGGUGAGAGAAAAGAUUGGUCAAAAAGCCCCAUCCCAGGAACACCCAAGAAAAAACAACACCUCAACACAUCAAGGUGCCAAAUAAGUGACAAUGAGAGGGAGGAAGAUGAAAUUAUUGAAAGAGAGAAAAAAGAGAAAACUCCAAAAAAGACAAAAAAAGCUGAGAAAGCCAAUCUCGCACUUCUUAACUCCAACUACAGGCAGCAGGACACCUCAGACAGCGACGACAACAUUGGAAGAGUGACAACUCCUGUCUCAGUUGAAGAUCUUGAAAAGUUUGCCCUGCAUCCAGCCCCUAGAGAUACAACAAUCCAGUGCAGAAUCACUCGGGACAGGCGGGGCGUGGAGAAAGGAAUGUACCCCACUUACUACCUCCAUAUGGAGAAGGAGGAUGGGAAGAGGGUGUUUUUAAUGGCAGGCAGGAAGAGGAAGAAGUGCAAAACCUCCAAUUAUCUAAUUUCCAUUGAUCCAACAGAACUUUCCAGAGACACAGACAGUUAUAUAGGCAAACUAAGAUCAAAUGUGCUAGGCACCAAAUUCACAGUGUUUGACGGCGGGGAUAACCCAGAUAAGAAGCCUUUCGUCAAAGAGUGUGAGUCAGUUCGGCAAGAGCUUGCCGCAAUCUGUUAUGAGAAGAAUGUUCUAGGUUUCAAAGGCCCCAGGAAAAUGACGGUGGUUAUUCCUGGCAUGAUGGAGAAUGAUGAGAGAGUGUGCAUUCGUCCAAAAAGUGAUAUAGAGUCUUUGCUCUCCCGCUAUGAGAAUGGUAACACUGACAACCUAGUGUGCCUCAUGAACAAGUCCCCCAGCUGGAAUAAACAGACACAGUCGUAUGUGCUCAAUUUCCACGGCCGAGUCACACAGGCCUCCGUCAAAAACUUCCAAAUCGUUCACCCUGACAACGAGGACUACAUUGUGAUGCAGUUUGGUCGGGUGGCAGAGGACGUAUUCUCCAUGGACUAUAGCUUCCCUAUGUGUCCCCUGCAGGCCUUCGCCAUCACGCUCUCCUCCUUCGAUGGCAAACUGGCUUGUGAGUGA